CAAAAUCUUUACCUCUCUACAAGACUCAUGAUCACAGAAUCUUACUAAAAGAAGGAAUAACAUCAAUCAACAUUAGGCCUUGUCAUUACGUAAGUGUGCAGAAAAAUGUUAUUUAAUAGCUAACUAGGGACAUGUUAGCUUCUGGAAUUAUUCAAAAUAACAUGAGUUCUUUUUCUUCCCCUGUGAUAUUGGUGAAGAAGAAAGGUGGGGCAUGGAGGUUCUGUGUGGACUACCAAGAACUUAACAAGCACACCAUUAAGGAUAAGUAUCCAACUCCUGUGAUUGAGGAAUUACUAGACGAGUUGCAAGGAUCCACUAUUUACUCUAAAAUUGAUUUGCAUGCUGGAUACCACCAAAUCAGAAUGCAUCCAGAUGAUGUACCAAAGACAGCCUUUAAGACACACGAUGGUCAUUAUGAAUAUUUGCAAGAGUCUUUAGGAACUUGUAGAACAUUUGGAAAAGGUCAUUUUAUAUUUGCUGAAGAAGUAUCCACUGAUCCUAAUAAGGUUAUUGAUCCUAACAAGGUUGAAGCAAUGAAGAAUUGGUCAAUUCCUAACUCUGUUAAGGAGCUGCAAGGAAACAGAGCUUUCCAUUCUCUUAAGGAAGCCAUGAUUACUACUCCAGUUCUAGCUCUAGCUGAUAUUUCCCAAGAGUUUAUGGUGGAGACUGAUGCUUGUGGGGGAGGAAUAGGUGCAGUAUUCAUGCAAAAAGGGCAUCCUAUUGCCUAUAUCAGUAAGGCAUUGUGACAACGGAACCAAGCUGUAUUGGUGUAUGAGAAAAAACUAUUGGCCUUGAUAUAUGCUGCUACCAAACGGAGCCAUUAUCUCUCAAGAAGGCAUUUCAUUGUCAAAAUUGACCAUAAAAGCCUGAAAUAUUU